AUGUAUAACAUUAAAAUUUCUCCUAAACUGAAAUCAGAUGACAGGUCUAUAAUGAAUUAAAUAUUGAAAGAAGAAGCAUUUUUCUUAAAUCAGAAGCAAGGCGAUAUUCAUUCUUUUGUUUUAGAUGAUGAUUAAGAUUAGCUUCUUAACAAAUUAUAUAAUAUACAUAAAAUGACUAAUAUAGACAAAGAGAAUUACACUAAACAUAUUAGCUAUUGUGUUAGAAAUUUAGGAUAAAAAUCUAUUGAUAAAUUGCCUACCAUUAUGGAAAAAUAUGUAAUAUAGUUGUAAUAUAUAAUUUAGAAAACUGAAGAUGAAAGAUUUUAAAUAAUGUUUAUAGAUUAACUCAAUUUAAUUUAUGAAGCAUCUUAAUAAGCUUAAUAACCUGUCAUACAAAUUUUAAGCUAUUUUUUAUUGAAUAGCAUUUUGAAAAUCAAAGAACUUGCAGGUUAAUAAUUAACAAAGAUUGCUCUUCAUUUAUAAGGUGAUGAAAAAGGAAAUUAAUUAUUACCAAUCAUAAUUAAGAUGGCACAUGAUGAUCUUAAUCAAGAUAAUAGAAUAGUAGCUUUAUAAUUAAUGGGUAAGCUAUCAUCAAUGUUUGGGAUAUAAUUAAGUGAAUCUUUUAUAGCUUUUGAAGUAAUGUCUCUUGGAGAAGAUUCAAAAUAAGAUGUAAGAAAAGAAGCAGUAAAUUAAUUACCUUUGGUUGCAAAAGUGGUAGGAAAAGACUUUUUUAAUAAAAAAUUGUUUCCAUUUUACAUGAAAAGAUGUAAAGAACCAAACACAAAAGUAAAGCAAGCAUGUGUUGAGCAUUUUUUAUAAAUUGUAGAAUUGUCAUCAUAAAAUUAAAAAAUUGUUGAUCUUACACCACAGUUAUUAUAAUUCUAAAAGUAAUGAGAUAAUUACAUUUUUAGCGAUUCUAAUAAAUAUGUUAAAGGUGUAGCUUAUAGAUGUUUAGCUAGAUUUAUUGCAGCAAUUGAAAAAGACAAAAUUGAUCCAAAAUUAAUUGAAAAUUAUUUGAAAAUGGCUGAUUCAGAUAUAAGAGAAUUACUUCCUGAAUAGUAAGUUAUGUUUGCAUGUGCUUAUGGUUUUCCUGCAGUUUUAUAGACAGUUGGAGUUACAAGAUGGUAAUAAUUGCAUAAAUUAUUUAAUCAUUUAUGGAAAUAAAAAAAUGAAAGAAUUUGUAAGACUUUAGCAGCCAGUCUUCAUGAAAUUGCUAAAAUUAUUGGAGCAGAGAGAGCUGAAAUAGAUUUAUUUCCUAUUUUAGAGACUAUAUUUGUAAAAGAACCAAAUGAUAAUGUAUUAAUGGGUUGUGUUAAGAAUUUAUCUUAAUUUUUGAAGAUAUUUUCAGAUGAAAAGAAAGAGGCAUUUUUAGAAAUCUUUUUUUUUAUUUAGAAAGAUUAAAAAAAAUGGAGAAUUAGAGAAUCAAUAGCUAAUUAAUUAGAUGAAAUGGCUCUUAUUUUUCCAGCAGAUAUUAUAUUUAAAAUGAUUAUUCCUAUUGCUUUUAAAUUAUGCACUGAUAAUGUAGCAUAAGUUAGAAAAAUAGCAUCUUCUAAAAUUUAUUCUUUUUUUGAAGGAAUAAAAAAUUCAUCAAUGUCUGAAUAAUAUAAAAUAUGCUUAAUAGAAAGUAUGAUUGGCUUUUAAAAAUCAUCAGUAUUUUAUUAAAGAUAAUCGUAAAUUUUCAUAAUUUAUAAAUAGAUUUAUUUAAAUGUGUAUAAAAAUAAUGAAUUUAGAGGAUGACAUCUUUGAAAAAUAUCUUCUAAACCCUUUAGUAGAAUUAGCUUAAGACAAAGUUUAGAGCAUAAAGUAUAUGUUAUAUAUGGCUAUAGAAAAUCAUAUUAAAAAUUAAGGUAAUUAUUGAAUUUAAAAUUUAUAAGGAAGAUAAUCAAAAAAUUAAUAAUUACUUGAUGUAAUUAAUCUACUAUCAAAUGAAAAGGCAAUUAAAUCUCUUGUUAAAUAUCAACCAACUUAGGAAGUCUAACUUUAAGAGCCAGAAGUAUAAUAAUAAUAAGAGAAUCUAAAUCCUAAUAAAGAAUCUUCUUCCAUUUAGGAGACUUAGUUAGAAGAAAUUGAUGAUGAUGAGAUUCCUUUAAGAUAAGUAAAAGAAGAACCUAAAAUCUUAAAAUAAUUGAAAGAAGAAAAAUAAGAAAUAAUGAAAAGAUAAGAAGAUAUUUAAAAAUAAUAAUUAAAUGAAGAAUAAGAUGUUAAUAUAGUUGAAUAAAUUGGUUAAUUAUCUUUAAAUGAAAAUGAGGAAACAAAUUAAUAAGCUGAUUAAACUACUGAAUGUAUUAAAGAUUCUUAAUCAGAUUUUAUUAUAAAUAAUAAUGAGUCUCAAGAAUUAUAAUAAUUUGAAUAAUUAUAAGGUUAAGGUGAAUAAAUAUAAAAGCAGAGUGAUGAAGAAUUAAUAAAUGAAGAAUAAUAAUAAGGAUCACAAAGUGAUUAAAAAGAGUUAAAUACUGAAGAAGAUGCUUAAUAAUUUUGA